CCGCCCCCAGCAUUAACCCUGCUAUUUCGAGAAACUUCCAGCCCACUUUUCCACGUCACUUGAAGGAAUCUUUAAAGCGUCCGUCGCCUGUAUAAAAUGUCUCAGUACUCGGCAGCCAGCAACAUGAACGGCAUGAAGACACACUCACCGAUACUGACCAUGGCGAGUAAUGACAAUGACCCUCUUCCCCUCGGUUGGGAAGUAAAAAUUGACCCUCAGACUGGAUGGCCCUUCUUCGUGGACCACAACAACCGCACCACAACCUGGAAUGACCCGAGACAUGACACGAAAAAGGUUCGAGAAGUAUCAGCAAAUGGGCCCAGCAUCCAACAAGAACCGAGUCCUCAGGAGACACAGAAGUCCUUUGUAAGGGAGAUGAAGCACCCCAUUCUUCGCCCAGGUUAUGUCCCCAUCCCAGUCUUUCACGAGGGUGCAGAACUGAGGCAGCAGCAGCAGCACCCAUGUUAUUCCUACAUCCAGCCAAGCACUGCACAGAACAUCCGGACAGAUGGGCGGACACCUUCCCCGACACUGGGGCUCCACUGCAGGCCCAGAUCACCUUUACAUGGCCCUUCAGAUAGCUCCUCCACUGAGGCUGGAAAGACCAGCUCACCUGUCUCACCAACACCAGAGGCUUAUACUGUUACGCAUCACCAACCCUCACGGCCCAGCAGCACCGGUCUUCAGUCUGGUUAUAUCCCUAUACCAGUGAUUCAUGAGGGUGGAGGGGGACAAAUACAGGCUCAAUUAAACCCUUCAGUUUACUCUCAGCGCAUCCCUUACUCAGAACAUCAGCAGCCCUUCCAUCGUCUUCAGACAGAUGAAUGGCCCGGCUACUCUGCUGCAAUGCAGCCCCCCCGGGAAAGGGCUUCUCCAACUCUGUUUCCCCAGCACCGUGAUACUGCCUCCAUUCAUCUCCCUCCUCACAUUAGAAGCCAGUCACCUGUUAUAUCUCAAGUGAUGGGAGAAAGACCACAGUCUCAGCAGCACAUCCUCACGAGAGAACCGCCACAGAAAAUGGAGCAGGAACAACAAAGCAUGCAGCAGAAACCCGAGAACACGCAGCUCCCCCAGCCCAUGCACACGGAAGCCGACGUCCUAAAGCCUCAGCAACCUCAACAGUUCCAGCAGCCUCCACCUCAGCAACCUCAACAGUUCCAGCAGCCUCCACCUCAGCAACCUCAGCAGUUCCAGCAGCCACAGCAGUUUCAGCAGGCACCACCUCAGACAUUUUCACAGCCUCAACCGCCUGAACACUACAUGCAGCCCCAGAAGCCAGAACAACCACAACACCACAGUGCAGACAUCACAGUUCAGAUACCUCCAAAACCAGAGCCCCAGGACACGAAAGCUUUUUCUCCGGAGGUCCCACCUGGAAAAGUAGAGGCUGGACAAGCUGCUCAGGGCCCCAUCCACCCAGGCUUGGCUAAGGUACAGCAGAUAGUGGGAAGAGUUGCUAAACUGGAGCAGGAGGUGAAGUGCUUUGAUGGAAAGAAGAAUGAUAAGAAAUACUUGUUAUUGGAGGAGCUGCUCACCAAAGAGCUCUUAGCGCUGGACUCUGUUGACCCGGAGGGUCGUGCGGAUGUACGGCAAGCGAGACGAGACGGUGUUCGUCACGUUCAAACCAUACUGGAAGAACUAGAGCAACUGGAGGAGCAGCCAGUCAGGCAUGCCAGUGAGACUGUGAUGGAGGGAGACAACGCGACACAGAAAGGAGAGCCCAGCAUGAAGGAGAAUGUUGAGAUGAGGAAGGAGAGAUCACAAUGACUGCACACUUCAUAAAAUAGUCAAGAGGGAUUACCUGCUGUAUAUUUGAUAGUGGACAAGUCUGCUCUGGCUAACUCUCCUCCUCCUCUACCUACAGCAUUUGUGGAAGUUGCAUGCAUUGAUUAACAGUGUUGGUAUGUCCAGCCAUUCAGCACAUAAUUGAUGGUAGCUCAGUGCAAUCAUGUUUUUCAAGCCAAUGUUGUUGCCUUCUAUGUUGUGCCAAUGUCUUUAUAAUAAGACGGCCGUCAUGAUUAUUGGUUGACAACAAUUGCCAGGCAAGGGUUAAAUAAGAGGCCUUUUUCAAUAAAUGGAAGAGAAGCAUAAGUAUUUUCUUAAGAAAUGUCAUGUGUAAUUGCCUUUUGUCUGAUCAAAUAUUGUGUGAAGCUUUUCUAAAUCCAGACGGUACAUGAGAUGGUACACAAGUGCAAAUGUUGAGGCUUUAAAGCAGAACUCUGCUAAACUGAGUCAACAGAAAAGCACCCC